UUUCUUUUUUUUUUUUUUUUUUUUCUCUCUAUAUAUAUUUUAUUAUAAUCAUUGACAAAUGGGUAGACGUGCUAGAAACAAACAAGGACCUCCUGCUCCUUUACCUAAUCCAGAUGGUCCUGUAUAUGAUAGUAGUAAAAGAAGUCGAACUGCCAAAAAGUUAAAAGCUGCUGCUGCUGAAAAGAAAAACAACAAACGCAAACGUACCGAUCAAGUCGAGACCAAUCAAAAAAAGAUCAAACAACAACAACAACCUGUGGUGAAAAAGUCAUCUGGCAAAAAGGACCAACCAAAGAAAAUAGAGGAUGAAGGUGAAGAUCUAUGGGAUAAUGUGGAAAUGGGAUCAGACGAUGACGAAGAUCUUUUGGAUGAUGAAUUUGAUAUGGAUACCAUGGAAAAUGGUGACGAUGAUGAUAAUGAUAUGAUUUUCCCUAAGGCUGAUACUGAUUUCCUUGGAUCUGAUGAUGAUGAUGAAGUCUUGGAAGGGUCUGAAGAAGAAGAAGAAGAAGAAGAAGAUUUGGACUCUGAUGAAGAUUUGGAUAAUUUUGAAGGUACAUUGGAUGAAAAGAAAUCAUUGAAAAUUGAAGCUCGUCGAGCCAAACUUGCUGCUAUGGCUCAAGCGGAAUUGGAAGAUGCUGCUUUACAAACCAACAUUGCUGAUCAAGAAGGGGAAAGAUAUCAAUUACCUGAAGGUGAAGAAGAUGAACUUUUGGCCAACAUCACCAGUGUCAGUGAACGUAUCAAGGAAGUGGUGAAUGUACUCAAUGAUUUCAAGAAUUUGCGUGAUCCCAGCAAAUCCCGUCAAGACUAUGUGGAUCGUUUAUUGAAGGAUAUUGCUCAUUACUAUGGAUAUUCUGAAUUCUUAUGUGAAAUGUUAUUCAACCUAUUCCCUGUUUCUGAAGCGAUUGAAUUCUUUGAAGCUAAUGAAGUCCCUCGUCCUGUCACUAUCCGUGCCAAUACUUUACGUACUCGUCGUCGUGAUUUGGCUCAAGCUUUGAUCAAUCGUGGUGUGAAUUUGGAUCCUAUUGGAAAAUGGAGUAAAGUGGGUCUUCAAAUCUUUGACUCUAAUGUCCCUAUUGGUGCCACUCCUGAAUAUCUUGCUGGUCAUUAUAUGCUUCAAGCAGCAUCUUCCUUCUUACCAGUAAUGGCUCUUGCUCCUCAACCCAAUGAACGUGUACUUGAUAUGGCGUCUGCUCCUGGUGGAAAAACAACUUAUAUUGCCGCUUUACAAAAGAAUACUGGGAUGGUGUUUGCCAAUGAUGCUAGUAAAGAUCGUUUGAAAAGUUUAAUUGCUAACAUUCAUCGUAUGGGUGUCAAGAACGCGGUUGUUUGUAAUUAUGAUGGUCGUGAAUUCCCAAAAGUAAUUGGUGGCUUUGAUCGUGUAUUAUUGGAUGCUCCCUGUUCUGGUACUGGUGUUAUUUCUAAAGAUCAAAGUGUCAAAUUGAAUAAGACUGAACGUGACUUUAUUGAAAUUCCUCGACUUCAAAAAGAACUUAUAUUAAGCGCUAUUGAUUCUGUAGAUGCUAAAUCAAAAACAGGUGGAUAUAUUGUUUAUUCUACUUGUUCAGUGACGGUGGAAGAAAAUGAAGCAGUGGUGGAUUAUGCUUUAAGAAAACGACCUAAUAUCAAAUUGGUACCAACUAGUUUGGAUUUUGGUCGAGAAGGUUUCGUAUCAUACCGUGGAAAAUCAUUCCAUCCGAGUUUGAAAAUGACCCGUCGAUUCUAUCCUCACGUACACAAUAUGGAUGGAUUUUAUGUCGCUAAAUUCAAAAAAUUAAGUAACAAAUUUGAUGAUGGAAAGGAAAACAAGUCUACCAAGGAAAUGGAAGAAAAUAUCGAAGGAGAACAAGAAGAAGAAGAAGAAAUUGGUUUCAAUGAUGAAGAAGAUGAAGCACUUAUUAAAGAAUCCAAAACCAAACUUCUCAAGAAGAAGGGUAUCAAAAUCAAGGCAUAGUUUUUUCUUUAUUAUUUUAUUUUAUUAGUUUUAGACAUCAUUCUUUAUGUUACUUUUGUACUUUUGCAUUCUUCGUUUAUUUUUUUUUUCUCACAUCAAUAAAACAUCUGUA